AUGAAUCGUGGUCGGAACGAGAUUCUUUACAGCAUGUUUUCCAGCGUGAAGGUGCUACUUGAAGCUCAGAAUUAUCGGUGCUUUGGAUGCGGUAUUCGCAUUGAAAAUGAGUACAUAAAGCGGGUCAAGUACUGUGAUUAUUAUGGGAAAGUCUUCUGUCAAUGCUGUCAUCAGGGUUCAAAAUCAAUAAUUCCUGCUAGAAUACUCCAUACGUGGAAUUUUAACGAGUUUCCUGUUUGUGAUCUUGCCUUACAUUUUUUAUUAGAAGUUCGUGAUGUGCCUGCAAUUCAUGUGAACGUUGUCGCUCCACAAAUGGUCGAAAAAAUACGGGUACUCAAGCAUGUGAUUGUGUUACGAGAGAAACUUUCAUAUAUGUGGGAUUUUGUCAAAGGAUGCCCUGAUGCCGAGAAUACAGAGACGAAAAUCGGACACCUUCGAACGCUGUUCACUUCUCUGGAACAGCACCUACUUCACACACAGGACCUAUUCUCUCUGUCGGAUCUUAUACGGGUGCAUAAUAAGGACAUGAGUUCACUUCUCGAACCAAUAGCCCAUUUUGCCAGAUGUCAUAUAGAAGUCUGUGAGCACUGUCGCCAGUUCGCUGCCACCUGCGUCUACUGUGAAGACGACAAGGAGUUACUUUUUCCGUUCCAAAUGGAAAAAGUUCAUAAAUGUGCCUCUUGUGCAUCUCUCUCACAUAUCAAGUGCCAGGCAAAGUUUAGACGAAAAGUCGCAUGUCAAAGUGGUUGUAAGAGGUGCCUAAAGGUAGAUAAAGACAGAUAG